UGGUACACUGGGUCUUCCUGGCUCUCAAUUUCUCUUCUCUGUGAAUGCUUAUUCUUAUCUUUUUCACAGCCAGGCAGGGUGAAGAUGCAGGGCAGUAAGGCCAGUUUUACACAUGGUACGGAAUGAUGUGUGAUGCCACCCCUUACUAAGCUGUGAGACGCAAACUCACAAUGUCCAUGUGUACCUGCUCUCAUGGUUCCACUCGCCAAUCCAUUUAACAAGCAUGCCUUUUACUAGACACUACAUAUACAAGACAUCCAGGUCGCCGAGAACAGACACAAGCACGCUUGCCUGCCCUGACUGCAGCCUCACUGCCAGCUCCCCUCAGUUCCGUGAAUGGAGACGGAGACAGGGACUGACCAAGCAGCAGAUCCCGUACCAGCCAUCUUAGGAUUCUUACACUCCCCAGCUGCUGUCACCCUGUGGCUGUUUCUCCCACCCCUCGGUUACUGCCUACAUAAAACUAGCCUAGUGCUCGCAGUUUGAGCUCUCAAUCUGAAAAUGCCACCAUUUUUGUGGAACAUAGUAAUCUGUCCAGCUACAUGCCUGAACAUCAAGGGUGCCCUGAGAAGCCCUUACCCCCACCACGCACCCAAAUCUAGGAUGGGAAUCCUGAGGAGCCAAGACAGCCCAGGCUCUGUGGCAACAUCUGUAAUGGGUUUCAUUUCUUGGUGUAUAGCCUGCCUUGGCUCAACUAAGAUGGUGUGCCUUCUGGACCAAGCUCUUAACAAAGGGAUGGAGUCGCGCCUGAGUCCUGCCCAAAGUCUGUGGGUUCGGUUUCCAUGAAAUCUUUUUAAUAACUUCCUUUCAAUGACCGAUUUUCUCCUGUUUGCAACCAGAAAACCUGGUUGACAGAACUGCCCACUUGAUACCAGACUUGUUUAACCAGCAUAACAACUUGUAGGAACUAUAAUUGACUCCACUUUGUAUACGGGGCCUUGAGAGGUUAAACCUUGGCCAAAGUUAAGCUGCCAAUUAGUGGCGGGCCAGGAUUCAAAUCAAAAGCCACAGAAAGUGCCCUCUACUCACCCUUAAGUACUUUGUAAGCAUUGCAAAGCACUACCCUGUGUUGCAGUGGGAAAGCUUAGACCAGAAGAGGUCAUAGGCCAUGAGUAAAGGCCAGAUUCCCCUGGGAGUUCCAGGGGAGGAGCAGAGCUUUGGUGCGGUGAGGUCACCUGUGAGCUCACAAUUCAGUUGCCUUGGUGGAGCGGGGCCAAACCGGUGCCUCUGGCUAGAGGGCAGGACCGAGGCAGCAUGGGCAGUGGCCUCUAGUGACCAGUCCUAUCAUGGGAAACAGCAGUUCCCACAAGAGGACCAAAGCACCCAGUCAGGCCAGCAAGGACGGGCCACCUGACAUGGACAAGGCCCGUCACAAGCAGUUCUUCAGCCACCUCAAGCGGAAGAAGCCGAGUCCCACAGCCUCACAACAGGCUUCUUUACCCUUCUUUCAAUGGCGAGAGGCCACUGACCCUGUCCGGGUGGGUGAGAAACCCCGCAUCAAGGCUGGGAAAACCAAGAUCGUGCUGCUUUUUCCGCUGGACAAGCGGCAGCAGCUGGCCGAGGCGACGGUGGGCCCAUAUGUGAGGCCUGGGCGGCCGACUGAGGAUGCUCUCGGCGCCCCGACGUGCUUCCCAGCGGUGGCGCCCAUGCUUCGUGGGGCAGGCGACGGUGUGGACAGGCGCGAAGGCACGCGAGCGCGGGAGAUGAAAAGGAUCCUGGUGCUGUUGCUGCAGCUGGACGCGCGACUGCAGGAGGAGGGGCGUCGAGUGGCAGGCGGGGCGGGGGGCGGGGCUAAGGCCUCGCAGUGCUGGCAGCCCGUGUAUGGGCGCCUGCUGACCCAGCGUGAGGCCUGCGGUGAAGGCGACCCCCGCGAGGAGCAGCCCCGCAAGCGGCGCCGCUGCCCUCGCCCGCGGCCCUGAGUGCCUAGCCCCCCAAGCGCCAGGACUCUGCUCAAUAAAGAGCACAUAGCAACCCAGGCGUCUGCCACUUCUGUCCCUGCCGUCGGUCCCAGGGUCAAA